UAUCGAAAACUGCAUGUACACCCAGGUGGGUUUAUACUGGGGCCAAACAAACCAAAAAACCUCGACUCCUUCCUUGCUGUUGGGUUCCAUCACCUUGCUGCUCUUCAGAAUGAAGGGCUCACUGUGUGGGAUGCAUCUUGCGAACUUGUCUUCAGAUCAGAUCUUUACCUCAUCUUUACAACCGCUGACGGACCUGGCCUUGUU